AGAGAGACAGGAAGUGAGGCUGAGUCAGACUGACAGAGCAGCCUGCAUUUGCAGCAGUUCCAAGCGGCCACUGUACCCCAACUGUACCCCCACUGUACCCCCUCUCCCUCUCUGUGUACAGCUCACCCCCAAACUCAAUUUUGACCUGACCACCUGUUGAGAGCGGCGUCUCAUUAAAGUCUCGUCGUUUUUCGGGGAAGGUUCUUUUCCCUUUAAUUUCGUUACAAUAUCUCUGGCAGCGCUCCGUCCGAUUCCAUUCCAACAAUCUUCCGAGAGUUUACCGAGAGCGGAGAGAACACGGAUACUGAACCCGCCGGUGGAGCAGCAGUCGGCCUGCACUCUUGCUCGAGCCUCCCCCCGGCAAUGCAAGCUGCCACAUGGAGUAGCCUCGGAGAACAGCACGCUUCGCCCCUGAGUCCCAGCUUCACCUCCUGGAAAUCGGCCGCGCUUCCUAAGAACUUGGGGAUACCAACGACCGGGAGUAGUGCUUUCUCUCCCUCUUUGAACACCAGCUCCAACUUCUCCGUCAACAAUAAGUAUGCCUUACUCAACAGCCCGAGCCUAAAGUCACAGGAUUGCGUCCAGUACAAACCCCACGUCCACUCGACGCUCGAAUAUUUUGCAAACUCCGUGCACCCCCGGGUCGACAUGGCUCACUAUCACGAUUCUUGGUUCAGACCCCCUCCCCAGGGAGGGGCAGCUGAGGACGGGGGUCUCUCGGCCACCUGGUGGGACCUACAUGCUGGGUCCAAUUGGAUGGAUCUUCAGAACAACCAGGCGGGACUUCAAAACUCCCCCCACCCGGGUGCCCUGCAGCCCCCUUUAGGGGGCUACGGGUCCGACCAUCAAAUCUGCGGGACCCCGACCCACCUGAUCCAGUCAGGCCAAGUCAUGAUCAACCAGGACGGCUAUAAGCAAACGGAGCCCAUGCAGGAGCCGCUGCUCCUCAACCAGACCUUGGAAGGAGCUGGGAGGGCAAAGAUUUCCAGGCGUUCCCUAUCCCGGAGCUCGGCGCAGGGGAACUGCCGCUGUCCUAACUGCUUGGAGGCCGAGAGACUGGGCUCAGCCACGGAUGGAAGCAGCAAGAAGAAGGUGCUUCAUAACUGCCACAUUCCGGGCUGCGGCAAAGCCUACGUGAAAACCUCUCACCUGAAGGCUCACCUCCGGUGGCACAGCGGCGACCGGCCAUUCGUCUGUAACUGGCUCUUCUGUGGCAAGCGCUUCACCCGCUCGGAUGAGCUGCAGCGGCACCUCCAGACCCACACGGGCUCCAAGAGGUUCUUCUGCCCCAUCUGCAACCGGGUCUUCAUGAGGACCGACCACCUCACCAAGCACUUGAAAACGCACGGGGAAAGCGGGCAGCCCCCCGGCAAAGAGAGCGCCGGCGAGGCUAGCAAAUGCGCCUCGAUCCCGGCUCGGUCCCAGUCUCCAGGGGACAUCCAGAGAGACUGUGAGGGCAAGGGGAUUAGCGAUGGGAUCCCAGUUACUGACCGACAGCAAAAUUAAAGACUUCAAAAAGAAAUGUUUAAAAACCCUCACGUGUGAAUUAGUUGCACUUGAACUGCUGUAUUGUGUCCCAGAGUGAGGUUUUGAAGGAAGUUCAACAAUGUUCCACUGACCCGAUUCUCUUACAUUGUGCAAGGGACCCUUAAAGCAGCUCAGAGAUCAGUUUUCAUCUCUUUGGAACCAAAAAUCUUAACAGGAUAACUGGGCGCCGGCUAGGUCCCGAACUAUCUUCCUCCCUUUGCAAAGCGGUGCAGUAAUCUGUCUCAUGCCCACCCUGCGGCCAAAUAUUUCACCAUCCAGCAAUCUUCUGUGGAAAGAAACUCGCUCAGUGUCUCCUCAUUCUCUCCAUUACAACUUUAAGUUAAUGUAUCCUCAUCACUGAUUCCCCCAACCAGAGGAAAUUAUCCUUUCUUAUUCACUCCAUCGAGAGAGUUUGUAAUUUGUUCAUUUAUAUUUAGUAAUUUCCUUUCAUAUAUAAAAAUCUAUUAAACCUACUGUCUUUCUGCUCAAAGUGGAAUUAGUCAUGAUAUUUCAUUUCUGCCCUCAUAGCUGUAGCUCUCCACCCCUGGAAUCCUCCUUUACUCUCCAUGACUUUACCAAUCCAAUUGGAAACUGACGUGUUGUUAAUUUCUGUUUUAAUUACAAGGCAAGUGUCCCUGUAAUAUCCUUCUGUCUGUUUCAUCUCCCUUUUCCACAUUUAAGCCAGAAAUUUGAUUAGAGAUGUUCUUAUUUGAACAACUGGGAGAAUAAGGGGUCAUAACUACAGCAGUUAUUGCAUUUUGGGUUCUCUCCUACAGAACAGCAAUUUCUGAAAACAAACUGCACAGACUAUGAGAGUAAGCUACACGGCUGGAGAUGAUAUAUCUGUCUCAGUAAGAGUUUUGUAAUUUAAAGAAAGAUACAUAGUUCUUAUUUAGAGUUAAAAUUAAAUUUUCUGCACUUCAAGAAGAAAUUUGCUGUGUGCAGUGUUUAGAGAUGUUUUGAUGUGGAUAUUAUACAAUAUAAAUUACAAGCUGUGUUACCAAAUUGCUCUAAAAGGGACGAGUGAACAUUUUAAAGAGCUUUGUUCAAUAAACUUAGCCCAUAUAAAACAUUUUCUUAACAGAAAGAAAUGUUCACAUUAGAACCAAUCUAUCAUUCCAAAGAUGUAAAGUUCAUUUGUUUCAGUCACGUGUUUGUUCAAAAGAAAAGUAGAACUUCAUGGCAUGAUAUUAAAUAGAAUCUCAAACAUCUUGGAGACUUACUAAGUUGUGGUUCUUACAAUGUUAGACAAAGAGUGUUUUUUUUGUUUUAUUUAAAAAUGUAGUUUAAUUACUUAUCAUCCAGUUUGUGUCUUGACAGCAAUAAAUAAUGCGCUAGUGAUUUUAGCAGUGACAUAGGGCUCAAUUAGGAUGAAAGCUGCCAAUAGCAGAUGCACUUCAGUAUCUCGCCCUAGUCUAUGUAGCAUUUUUUUAUAGCCAGCAUCUUGCAUGUGUGAUGUGUAAUGGUUGGGAAGUCAUGUGUUUGUUGCCUUUCAACACACCCAGGAAUGAUAUGGCAUGGAGCACAGGUGAUUAUAAAACAAAACCACCAUCACAAGUCUUAGACAAACUAUUUUUAAAUAACAUUACUGCUAUUAGAUAUGGUAGUGUUUAAUUUUGUCAUUUUUCCCACAAAGCUUUUACAUUCAAUUUCAUCUCUUGCCUACAUUUCUGUUUUAUUCUAUGGGCAUGGUAAUAUUCACACAGGGAACAACAAACAACAUACUACACCCUUCAUAAAAUAUGAACCCUUGCACCUAGAUACAUUCAGUCAGAUCCAAAUGUCAUUAGAUUGCCGGGAUUGACACUGAAAUAUUUAAUAAAUUGUAUAUUUGCAGUAAAAUUAAUGAAAUGUAAAUGCAUAGAAUAACUAGGAUCUCACAUUGACUAUGGCCACUCAUUGAAUUAUUUGACUUAUAGCAGACACCCCAUUAUCCUUACUUGUUAUAGUGAUUGUCAUUACCAAGGGUGAGAUAAUUUAAUAGUGCACUGCUACUGGUGCAAUAUCAUAUUAUUAACCAUUGAAAUCAUAAGGUAGACCUGAAUUGCAUCAAUGACAACACAGACUUCCCUUUCAUAGCCAUGGUUCUCACAGCUGUUUCACUGCUUCUGAUAGCAGAACUCUUGAAAGCCCACUUGCUGGUGGUACUAUUCUCUUUAACUGUGUCCCAGUUCCCUAUAGUUAGUUACAGCUCACUGAAUUCCUGAUGAUUCUGUCCCUCUUGCCCACUGGCACAUACUCCUAAUGGCCCAGCACCUUGUUCAGCAUUUUUCUGGUACAUUCUAGUUUUGUAAGAAAAUGAUAAUCUCAGGAUAUGGGCUAAUAAGACUGACAUUUAUUGCCCAUUCUUGCUUGACCUUUAGAAGUUGCUGUUGAGUUUUUUUUCUAACCAACUAUCAUUGCUUAUCCAUAUAUGUAAGAAGAAUAAAACACACAAAUGCUGGAAACCAGAAAAAAAUGCAUACAGAGCAUUCUGGGAAUACACACCAUAUAUGAUUCUAUGUCCAUUACAUCUAUAAUGAGAAAUAUAGGUUAACAUUUCAGCUAUUGUUCCUAUAUUCCUUUUAACCCUUCAUCAGAGUGAAGACCAAUACCUGAAGCAUGGGUUUCUCUUGUCAAUAUUCUGGUGUGUCCAGCGUUAUUCAUUCACAUUAUAAUCCAUAUUAUAUCUUACAAACCAUAAUUAAGGAGUUGUAAUAAAUGUUAUUGGGCAGUGAUCACAGUACGAUGUGCUAGAAUGGAAAGAAACAAUUUCAACCAACGUGGAACUACAAAGAAGGUACCAAAUGCAAACGUGCCAUUUGGCUCAAAUGAUCCAUGCUGAUGUUUAUGCUUCUCUACUCAUCGUCAGCUAUCCCUAUUGACCUAACUUUCCACAUUUUCUCCCAUAUGUGUUUGUCGAGUUAGCCCUUACAAAAUAACUGAUAAAUGCAGUAUCAGGAAACUUAAUCUCCUGACAGUGAUUCAAGUAACUUUAUAAUAUAAUUAUUCACAAAAGCAUGCUAGAUGCUGAUCAUGAACAAAGUGGAGUUCAUGGUGGGAGGCUGUUAAAAUGUUUCUUAAACAGUAAGAACCAUGGCUAUGUUCAAGCAUAAUUUUAGAAUAGUUGUGUUGUAUGAAAAUUCAAAACAGGAUCUAAAUUGUUCCAACAGAUCCCUGUACACAGAGUGUGAUUAUUUAGAACCGUUAUGUGUAUUUCAGAUAUUGAAGCACAUGUUAAAGUAACAUAUCCUCCAUCCACUUAAAAAUGAUCUGUAUAUUGUUACAGAAGCUAAAAAUCUACGCUGUGAAUUACAUAUACUAUAUAAAAUUAAUGCUGUGUCUUUUAUUUAAUUUGCAUUGUCUUUAUAGUUGACAAAAAAUAAAAAUUUGUUUUCAAAUGUUUCAUUAUGCUUUUGACAUGGUUUUUCACACUUACAAUAGUAAAAGCAAAAAAGAGACUCCAACUGAUACUAAGAUUGUUAAUUCUAAGAAAACAGAAAAUAUUGUAACAACAUCUGUAGAGGAAAACAGAUUUAACUUUUCAUCUCUCAGACCCUCCAUCAGGGCUGGGGAAAGUUAGAGACAUAUAUAGCAUUUGAGCAAAGGGUGGAUUUGACAAGGGCAAAAGGAAGGUCUAAGGUAGGGUGAAAGUUAGGAGUGAUUGAAUGAAAGAAGGAAUAGUCUUAGAGGCAAAGGGCACAGUGGUGGGGCAAUAUCAAGGUUCAAUAGCGGAUUCAGUGGGAUGUAACAAAAACUCUACAGAUUAAGUCAUGCAAAUUAACACGGUUUUUAAGUGGUAAGAUAUAUAUAAAGCAGCA